GGGCAGCGGGGGGGGGGGCGCGGCGGAGGCCCGAGCCCUCAGGAUGUUCCCGCAGGGACGGCACACGAGCCCGCUCCAGCCCGGACAGCCCUUCAAGUUCUCGGUGCUGGAAAUUUGCGACCGCAUCAAGGAGGAAUUUCAGUUCCUGCAGGCUCAGUACCACAGCCUGAAGCUGGAAUGUGAGAAGCUGGUGAGCGAGAAGACAGAGAUGCAGAGACAUUAUGUCAUGUACUAUGAGAUGUCCUACGGGCUGAACAUUGAAAUGCAUAAGCAGGCAGAGAUUGUCAAGAGGCUGAGUGCCCUAUGUGCCCAGAUGAUGCCCUUCCUGACGCAGGAGCACCAGCAGCAGGUCUUGCAGGCUGUGGAGAGGGCCAAGCAGGUGACCAUGGGGGAGCUGAACAGCAUCAUCGGGGUGCAGCAGCAGCAGCACCUCUCCCACCACGCAUCCCCCAUCCCGCUGACCCCCCACCCCUCCAGCAUGCAGCCCCCCAGCCUGAGUGGGGGCAGCACCUCGGGGCUCCUGGCCCUCCCGGGGACACUGAUGGCUCAGGCGCAGCUGGCUGCCAAGGAGGACAGAGUGACCCAGGAUGGAGCGCACCAAGUAGAGUCUGGGAUGAGCUCGUUCUCUCCAGAUGCAGAUGCAUGUCCUAAGGAAGCAAGUGGUUCUGAAUCCCCCCCCGAGAGCCUGCGGGGCACGGAGCGGAUGGGGCUGAAGCGGAAACAGGAGGAGAAGGAGCAGGAGAAGGAGCAGGAGGAGAAGGAGCGUUCUGACAGUGAUGGGGACAAGAGUGACAUCAACCUCGUGGUGGAUGAGGGUCCCCCCUCAGAGCCCGGCAGCCCCAGCAGCCACCAUCCCCCCCGAGACCUCCAGGAGAUGCCGGGGAGCCCCAGCUCCAUCACCUCCAGCUGCAGCACCACACCUCUCAAGCCAAAGGACCUGAGUCUGACUGACCCUCCAGCCAGCACUGCCCCUGCCCAGCCCUCUGCUGCCUCGCCAGCCCCCAGCCCCCUGGCACCCGGGACCAGCUCAGGCACCCUGCCCAGGCAGCCCCCCCCCAAGGCCAUUGACACCAUUGUUCUCUGCAACCCACUGAGUGUCUCCAGCCCAUACUCCUCCUUUGGGCUCCUGCCUCACACCACCCUCCCUGGGGAGCUCCCCAGCAUCUACAUGGGCAUCCACCUCCUGCCACAGGCCAGCGGUGCCGGGAUGUACGGACGGUCCCCAGUGGUGGCUUUUGAGUCGCACCCUCACCUGAGGGCUUCCAACAACUCAUCCUCGCUCUCCACUGUCCCUGGAGGGAAACUUGCCUACUCCUUCCACGUCAGUGCCGAGGGGCAGAUGCAGCCGGUGCCUUUCCCACCCGACGCCCUGAUCGGCUCCGGCAUCCCCCGGCACGCGCGGCAGCUCCACACCCUGACCCACGGCGAGGUGGUCUGCGCCGUCACCAUCAGCAACUCCACCCGGCACGUCUACACGGGGGGCAAGGGCUGCGUGAAGGUGUGGGACGUGGGGCAGCCCGGCACCAAGACGGCCGUGGCUCAGCUGGACUGCUUGAACCGGGACAACUACAUCCGCUCCUGCAAGCUGCUGCCUGACGGGCGCAGCCUCAUCGUGGGGGGUGAGGCCAGCACCCUCUCCAUCUGGGACCUGGCAGCCCCCACGCCCCGCAUCAAGGCCGAGCUCACCUCCUCUGCCCCCGCCUGCUACGCCCUGGCCAUCAGCCCCGACGCCAAAGUCUGCUUCUCCUGCUGCAGCGAUGGCAACAUCGUGGUGUGGGACCUGCAGAACCAGACCCUGGUCAGGCAGUUUCAAGGCCACACGGAUGGUGCCAGCUGCAUUGACAUCUCCAACUACGGCACCAAACUGUGGACGGGGGGGCUGGACAACACCGUGAGGUGCUGGGACCUGCGGGAGGGGCGUCAGCUGCAGCAGCAUGACUUCAGCUCCCAGAUCUUCUCCCUGGGGUACUGCCCCACGGGAGAGUGGCUGGCAGUGGGCAUGGAGAGCAGCAACGUGGAGAUCCUGCAUGUCUCCAAACCAGACAAGUACCAGCUGCACCUCCACGAGAGCUGUGUCCUCUCCCUCAAAUUCGCCUCCUGCGGGAAGUGGUUUGUGAGCACGGGGAAGGACAACCUGCUGAACGCCUGGCGGACGCCCUACGGAGCCAGCAUCUUCCAGUCUAAAGAAUCCUCCUCAGUGCUGAGCUGUGACGUCUCUGUCAAUGACAAAUUCAUCGUGACGGGCUCUGGCGACAAGAAGGCCACGGUGUACGAGGUGGUGUACUGAGCCCCCAUCCAUCUCUGUCUCAUCCUGCAGGGAAGGGCCAGGCCUUGCACAAAGCCCCCAUUCUGCUCCCCCUCCUUCUCUUUCCUGGCCAGAUGUCUGGGCAGGGACAGGUCCCAGUGUCCUGCAGCCAGGAUUUACCAGGGUGAGACCAGGAGCACCUGUGACAGUGUUACUCCUGAAAUAAUGCUACUGAUACAAUGGGACCUGUUUUCUGCUGUAGAAACCGCUGUAAAUGAUCAGUGAAGAAAUGUAUUUAACUGUGUUUU